AUGCCGCGGCCCCGCUCCCGGUUCGGUACCCGAGCAGCUCCCGGUUCGUCGCUCUCGGUUCGGUACCUGCGGCUCUCUCGGUUCGGUACCUCAGGCGCUCCCGGCUCCGCCGUCCGGGAGCUGCAGCCCGGGCCCUCCCCCGGCCCGGCCCGGCCUUUCCCGGACCCGGAGCGUGUCGGGGCCCCCGGCCCGGCCCUGGCCCUGCCCGGCCCGGCGGGUCCGGGGGUCCCGGGAAAUAAAUCACCGCGCGGGAUCAUAAAAGUCAUCAAACGGCAACCUGGGGUGAACCGAGCCGCAGAUGGAGGGAAGGGCGCGGGCGCUCGGAAAAUGAGAGUUUUCCCAGCGCAGGCUCCAUUCUCCAUUCCCUGGCGUCCUCCGCAGCAGGAGCAGGGCGGGACGGAGCCCGGAGCGGCGGAGAGCGGGGCCCGGAGCGCCGGGAAAGGACAGCUCAUGUCCCUGCCCAGCCCUGCAUGGCCCCAGCGGGACCAGCCCUCCCCGUGCAGCACCAGCACCGCUCUGCCCCCGGCCUCGUCCGACAGCGACUCGGGCUGUGCCCUGGAAGAGUAUCCAGAACCUCCUGUGGACCCUGAGGUCCCGCCGUGCUUCGGGCCCCGCUCGCCUCAGCCUGGCUCUGCCCCUGACCGGACCCGGCUCCGUGCCAGGGCCCUGCUGCAGCAGCUGCCUCCUCAGGACUGUGAUGAGCGGUACUGCCCCGAGCUCGCCGAGGAGGAGCGGCGGCAGCUCCGAGCCUUCAGCGCCCGCCGCAGGCAGGAGGCUCUGGGACAGGGCCUGGCCUGUCCCGUGCCAGGUCCCUGCCACGGCUGUCCCUGCAGGAAGUGCGGCCGGAGGCUGAACAAGGGGGACCCGGGGAUUUCAGCGUCUCACCUGGGGGACCAGUUCUGGCACCCGUCCUGCUUCUCCUGCCACUUGUGCCAGCAGCAGCUGGUGGAUCUCAUCUACUUCCAGCAGGAUGGGAGGAUCUACUGCGGCCGGCACCACGCCGAGCUCUUCCGACCCCGCUGCGCCUCCUGCGACCAGCUGAUCUUCAUGGAGGAGUGCAUCGAGGCCGAGGGGCGGCGCUGGCACCUGGAGCACUUCUGCUGCCUGGAGUGCGAGGAGCCGCUGCGGGGGCAGCGCUACGUGAUGCGGGGCGGGCGGCCCUGCUGCCGCCGCUGCUUCGAGAGCCUCUUCGCCGAGCCCUGCCAGGCCUGCGGGGACCCCAUCGGCGCCGACAGCGAGCAGGUCACGCACCAGGGGCUGCACUGGCACGCCCGAGCCUCCUGCCUGUGCUGCAGCCGCUGCCGCCGGGCGCUGCGGGACCAGCCGCUCACCUGCCGCCGCGGCCGCCUCUUCUGCUCCGACACCUGCGGCCGGGACGCCGCUUCCUCCGCCUCCUCCGACUCCUCCGACUCGGCUUUCGCCUCUGCUCCGUCCCCCGACUCCACGCCGCUGUCCCCAGCCGGCAGGGGCUGCAGGCAGCGCGGGGAAGGGGCUGAGGCGUUUUUGGAGCAGCCCUCAGUGCACCCUGCCUUCAGGAGCCCCCAGGAUCUCGGAGCAGCCGCUCGGGAGAGGAGCAGCGACGCUGCCAAGGAGCACCCAGGGCUGCUGGGACCCCCAGCCUCAGCCCCCCAGCCCAGCCCAGAGCACCCCAAGCAGCCUGGAGCCUCGGGCCACGCGCUUUUGGGGGGCCCUGAGCCCCGAACAGGCAAUGGAAACCCACAGCUGGGCAGCUCCCCUCCCCGACACAGCCCCCGGGCAGGGGAUGGCACGGAGGAGAACGACUCCUGGUGUCCCACCUGCUCCUCAUCUUCGGACUCAGACUCAGAGGAGGAGGGUUUCUUUUUUGGGAAGCCCAUCCCCAAGCCUGGGAUGAAUUCCCUGGGCAGGGAGCCCCAAGGGAGUGGCAGGGGCAGGACGGCCAAGCACUGCAGUGUGUCCUAACUGAGUGGCACUGCCAGGUCCUGCCAGGGCCUCAGCACGUUCCAAGAGCGUCCUGAACGCGGCCCAAGGUGGGUGGGAGAAGCUGCUGGGAUCUCUCCCACCCGGCAGAGCAGAGCCUGCAAUUCCUGCCAGCCUCUGCUGCAAUUAGGAACAGGUAAAGCAGGAAGGGAGCCUGGGCCUCCAGCACCUCCAGCACGGCAGGGAGCAGCCAGAGCUCCAGACAAGGGCAGCUGCCUGCAUCACCCCCUGGGAUCCUUCCCUGGGCUCCUCUGUGCCCCUCUGCCACCUGCUCUCCAUCCCUGGUGGCACUGUGUCCUGCUGCCACCACGGGGAGGGGACCAGGGUGCAGCUCUGCUGCUGCUGAUGACGAAGCUCCAAUAAAUUUUGGCUGAAAUCUGAA